AGGGACCGCGCUACGGUGCUGUGCCUCUCUCACUCCCACCUCAUAACCGUCACAUCGUCGUUCUAUUUUGUCCCGCUCCCCUUCUCUUUUCUUCUUCCUCUUUUACCUCCCUCAUCCGCACUCUCUCUUCGUUCGCCGCUCAGCCUACUUCGUGUCAGCCCAACCGGCACCUUACACUCUUUUUAUUCCCGGCCUUCGCUCUACGAGUCACCCAGACUUCUAGUCGUUCUUUCGGUCCUACAAUACCAUACCUAGUUACCUUGGAUUGCUAUAAUUCGUCUCGAAAGCUCAGGAAUUCUUCCAGUCAAAAUGCGUUCCACCUCUAUCUUCGCUACUGCCUUGGCCUUCGCCGCCUCGGCCUUCGCCCAGACGCCCGGCUAUGCCGUCGUGACCUCUCCGACUGAGGGCCAGACGGUCGCCGCCGGCCAGCCGUUCAGCAUUGUGUGGCAGGCAGGCCAGUACACCGGCGCGGCUCAGAUCAGCCUCCUGGGUGGCGAGACUCCCACGACUCUUGUGCCCGGCCCGGUUAUCGCAAGCAGCGUCGAUAUUACUACGGGCUCGUUCACGUGGGACGUCCCCUCCUCGCUCGGCAGCGAGAAGACCUACGGCAUCAAGAUCACCGAUCUCCAGGACGGUGCUAUCUUCCAAUACUCUUUCCCCUUCACCAUCUCUGCUUCCUCGAGCGGCGGUGCUGGUGAGCAGUCUGCCAGCGCUACUACCGGCGCCCCUCAGUACCCUACCCUCCCCCCGGUUAGCAGCACGAUUGUCUCUAGCUCCGAGGUUAUCAGCAGCAGCAGCAGCGCCGCGGUCUCUUCGACGUCCGUUCCGUCUUACCCUACCCUUAGCGUGACCACGUCCAAGAGCUAUCCCACCACGACCCCCUCUGGCAACCUGUCCUCGAUUGCGACCCCGACUUAUCCCACUACGGUCCUCACCAGCACUAGUGCUCCCUCUGGGCCCGCGGCCAGCGCCACUACGACUGCGGCCACUCCUAUCCCCACUGCCGGUGCUAGCAGCGCUGCGGCCAGCUCCCUAGCCCUUCUCGGUGGCCUCAUCGCCGCUUUCAUGGCUCUGUAAAGUAGCGGCGAUUGUCUGCUCUUGACUGGGCCAUUUUAUGGUUAGAACGGGGAAGGUGAUGGAAGAGAGGAUUAGGAACGAUCGAAUAAUGAUGCAGGAACUAAUUUGAGUGCCAACCGACUCGCCCUCGAUUUGGAUGGUGUCUCUUCGCUGCAUAUGUGGAUGUUGCCGUCAGAUUAA